AUCUAUUAGAGAUUAAAGGGAAAGAAAAAAGUGCGGAUUUGGUUGGGGUGUUUAAUGAUUAUAUUACUAAAGUAUAUAAAAACUAUACUCAAAUAUAUACAGAUGGCACUAAGAACCCUGAAACAGGGGUAACAGGAAUGGGAGUGGUGGUUCCAGCAAGAGGAAUUGAAAUCAAUAGAAGAACAUCUAAUAAAUUUAGCAGUUUGUACAGUGGAGAUGGUUGCAAUUUUAGUCGCAUUACGUUGGGUGGAAGAAGCGAAAAUUGACAGAAUCAUAAUAUGUACAGACUCAGCUUCAGCUCUAGUUAGUCUAGUAUCGUUCCAUUCAAGUCGACAGGAUGUACUAUAUGAAAUUCUCUACUCAGUUACAAGAAUAACACACCAGGGAGGACUAGUUACAUUUUUAUGGGUUCCAGCACACACAGGAGUGAAGGGGAAUGAAAAAGUGGACAAGGUCGCAAAGAAGGCAUUAAAGAAGGAAAAUGUGGAAAUGCAAAUAAGAAUCAGUAAAGCGGAAGUAAAAUGUAUAAUCUGGGAAAAAAUUAACCAGAAAUGGCAAGAAAUGUGGGAUAGUGAGGGGAAAGGGAGACAUUUAUACCAUAUCCAAAAGAGUAUUAAAGUAAAUAAGGAAGGAGGGGGAAACAGAAAAGAGGAAAUGGUACUAACGAGACUAAGGCUGGGACACUGUGCUCUAAAUACAACAUUAAAAAUGGUGGGGAAACAUCAGACGGGUAUGUGUGAGGAGUGUCAGGAAGAGGAAUCGGUGGAACAUGUAAUUCUACAUUGUAGGAAAUAUCCGAGGGAGGGAGGGAUAAUGGAGAAUAGACUAAAGGGGUGCAGAAACUCACUUUAAAAACAAUAUUAAGUAUGAAUGAUAGAGCACAGGUGAGAGAAUUGUUGGGUUUUUUAAGGGGUACUGGGUUUUAUUAUAGGAUCUAAAGGUAGGUUUUUUUUUUUUUUUGUUUUGUUUUGUUUCUUUCCUUCCCCCCUCAAUCCCUGGGAAAUUGUAGAUUAUGGUUUACUGACUGAUCCACACUCCAGAACAGAAGGUGGCGGUAAUGCACCAUUAAGCUGGUUGCCAACAGCCGUUAAAGAAGAAGAAGAAGAAGUCGUCGGUGAAGGCUAGCUAGCUAACUAGCCGCUCCGUUGUGUUUACGUUGCUCACUCGUGAUGGAGCACGAUUAUUCUUUGCCGGUUGCUGCGCGGUCAGUCGCCGAAGCUGUCCCCGUAAAGCGCAAACGUACGGGUGAACCGAACGAUCCGAGAAGAUUAUGGGACAGGAAGAGAGGCAAAACGAGGGUAAAUAUUGGCGUGGUGUUUCCAAGAUGGAGAGGGCUUCGUGACAAGCUGGGACUCCGGAAAGACGCCGAUCUCGCGUGUGUUCUGCUGGAGACUUACCAAAAAGGAGGACCAUCCACGUCAACUUCUAGCAAGAGACCUGGACUGCCUGUUGAAACCCUCUCCACCAUGGCACCGUCCUGUGACUCGCCAUCAGAUAGCGGUUCACUAGAUAGCGCCACGGUUCCAAGAAUCUUGAACGGAACCGGGUCGAGAACCAGAGCUGGUUUGGUGGGAAAACGCUAUCUGAACAGCGUUCAUGAUGAGUCCACCAUCGGCCCGGCUGAAGAUGCUAAUGAUCUUCAAAACGCAGUUAUUGACAGUAAAGACCCAGAUGAUGAUGACACAUGGGAAACAGCCAGUGAAGACAGUAGUUCUGAUGAGGACUGCAUCCCAUCUAUUUGUCUGAGUUGCUUCACCGCUGGAUGCAUUGCAGGUUACGACAAGCUGCCGCACGUAUUACAGCCAGAAAUGUUUCUUCUUCUGACUAAAGCCUCUGCGUGUCUCCCUGCCACCGUUCGUGCCAAUUUCACAACAGCCUUUACUCGGAUGAAACUCCUUCAUGCCGAGGGCUUAGCGCCGUUGUGUCAGCUGGGGCAGAACCGGAGCUUUCAGUUUGUGUUUUUAACACGACGACGUCCCCCGUGCACAAACCAGCUCCGUACAGAAAAUGUUUUCCCGGUUUGGUGGGGAAGAGCUGGACUGGCCUGCGCAGAGCCCUGACCUCAUCCCCCAGCGUCUGUGUCAGACCCCUCUAAUGCUCUUGUGUCUGAAGCAAAUCCUGCAGCAGCUUCAGCAUCUGGUGAAAAGACUGAAACCAGAAGAGUGGAGGCUGACACAGCAGCGCAUUAACGCCCCUGGUGUCGGAAUGAGACGUUCAACAAUCCACUCUUUCUUUUAGUUUUUCUUAAUGUUUGUCAGUUUAUUCUCUUGUUAUCUUGUGUUACUUCAAAUACAGUAAAGCACUUUUAAAUUACAGUGUAUAUGAAAAGCGUUACGCAAAGUCGCCUUAUUAAGAUGUUAGAUGUGCCACUGCGUGAUGUUUUUGGUUCUCCCUCAAAUUAAACAUAGAAAUUAAACUAGUGUCCUAACCUAUAACAUAAACCUUUUUGAAGAUGUGAAGAUGAGGCUUACCUCACAAAACUGUCUCCUCCCAAAGGCCUGAAACUCAAGUUGUCUUAAAGUUGUUGUUUUUUUUUAUAAGAAUAGAAAUACAAGAUUGCUCAGUGUCAUGCAGAGUUCGACUUGGCAGACUGCGGUUUACCUUUUGUUGCAGUGGAAUGUGUUGGAACUUAUUGCAAGGGAUCAAAUCCAAGCCGUGUCUGUCUGAGGCUUUAGUGGCACAACAGGUUCAAAACAAACAGCGUGGGGGAAGAAAACAGAAUAACAUCUGUGUAGUGAAUUUGUGAAAAGAACCGCUAAACGCACACAUUAAAUCGUUCUUACCCAUAUUUGAACACAAAAAGAAUCCAUCAUGUACAUGUCAUGCACUGGUUUUAUCCUACUUGCUCUUUUCCACUGGUUUAUACAGUGUACCAAAAAAAACAUUCUCCACCUCACUUAAGAACUUGAUUUUAGAUUUUCCUGUAUUGCGAAGACAAGAUACACAAGUCGACAAACAAAAAGUCAAGCACGUUUGUCAGCACGGUUUUGCCUUUCCACAGGUUUGUCAUUUUCGUGGAUCGAAGUGGGAGCCAAGGAAUGGACAGCGUGAAUUUGGCCGAUGGCUUAGUGCUGUUGGUGUCGUGGGACUGUGACCUCCAGGCAUGGUGGAAAAUAAUCUUUAAAUUAAACACUUUGGUUUAUGACCAAAUACCUGCUUAACCAAUCUGCAGCCAGUGAGCCUCAACUGCACUUUGUAAUUUGUGCUAAUUAGCAAAUGUUAGCAUGCUAACACGCUAAACUGCGUUGGUGAACGUUGUACCUGCUUUGCAUUUUAGCAUUGUCAUUGUUAGCAUAUUAGCAUGCUUGCUGAGCUUUGAGCGAAAUGCUAAGUGCAGCCUCCCAGUUUCUGUGUAGAUUCACACAAAUACGUCAACAAAUAGUUUGUUAAAAUUGGUAGAAAUGAAGAGAUGGCUAAACCACACGGCGUGUUCACCACCUGCAGCGUGAGCAAACGUGUGCGCACAAACAUGCAGUUCGUGGCAAUUGUGUGUUUAUGUCUCUCGGCUGGUAUAAUGCAUAGGAGACGCAUGACUCACAUGACAAUAGAGUGUCACAACAUUUAAUUCUCCAGAGCUGUGAAUAACAACGGUCUCUGUCCACCCGUCUGUUGUCGGCUUUACCGUGUUGUCCUUUUCUCUGUCUCGGCCUGUGUUUGUCUUGUAUUUCUUCUUUACGUCGUUUCGUUUUUCCCGUCCUGUGGCUGUUUUCAUCAGUCUGUCUCUUUAUCUGUGUUUUACAGUCAGUGACUCACUGUUGCUUUGUUCGUUCCACGCUCACACUGUCGCACUCAUAGCAUGUAGAUAUAAUGAUUGUUUUUUUUUAACUGAACAUAUUCGUGCAGUCACAUCUUUGUAUAAUAUUUAUCACAGAUCCCAGGUCAACCACCUGUGGAAAUAUGCCUCCAGUAGCCCAAGUAUUCAUAUCCAUUACUGAAAUAAAAGUACCAAUACCACACAGUAAAAUAACUCUGUGAAAGUCCUGCGUUGAAAAUGUUAAGUAUAAUCAGGAAAAUGUACUUAAAGUAUUAAAAGCAGUAAGAUGUCCCUUGUGACUGUUAUACUAUUAUAUCAUUAGAUUAUUAUUACUCAUGCAUUAAUGUAUGUUGGCUGAGGUGGAGCUCAUUUUGAACUAUUUUGCAACUAAUGAUUAUUUUCAUUAAUUGAUCGUUCGGUUUGUAAAACUUGUGAAAACGGUGAGAAACGACGACCCAGAGCCCAAAGCGACGCCUUCACCGUGUCGUCGUGUCCGACCGACAGUCCAAAGCUCGACGUUAUUAACAAACAUCACAGUUAUUACAGUCGUUCAGAGGAAAAGCAGCAGAUCUGCACAUCUGAGGAGCUGCAGCCAGGAAGUGAUUUCACAUGAAAAAUAACAAAACGAUGAUCAAAAUAGUAGUUGAUUAAUUGUGUGCCAAGCGAUUAAUCAGCUAAUCGUUUCCGCUGUACUCUACAUUUUCAUAUGUUUUUUUGCAAAAGUCUUAAUUUGUAAAGUAACUAGUGACUAAAGCUGUCAAAUAAAUGCAGUGGAGUAAAACGUAGCGUCUGUCUGUCACAUGACUUUGUGCUGGAACUCUGUUAGUUCUUAUGAGAUGACAAAGUGAAAACACACCACCCUCUAUAGUAUAUAUUAUAUACUAUAUAUAUAUAUAUAUAUAUAUAUAUAUAUAUAUAUAUAUAUAUAUAUAUUAAUUAUAUAGUCUACCUCUGAGACUUGAUUUUCUUUUUAAAAAGGUCAGAGAAACAAAGAAUUUCAGAAUCUUAAGCAAAGAGAAAAAGAAAUAACAUUAGUUAAAAACAAAAACAGUGGAAUGUAACUCUAUACCUGUACUCAAAGUGCACUUAAGUACAAUAUUGAGAUACUUGAAGAUUUCCAUUUUAUGCUGAUUUAAACUUCUGCUUCACUACUUUUUAAAGAGGAAAUAUUGUACUUUUCACUCCACCACUUUUAAUUAACAAUGUGAACCUCGUGGCGGCGCUAGAGGAAAUGUCAAGCGAUUAUCAGAGUCAUUAGGAUUCAUCCGUGAAUGUCUGCACCAAAUUUCAUGGCAAUCCUUUUUGUAGUUGUUGAGGUGUUUCGGUCCGGACCGACCGACCACAGGGUUGGCGGUUCGAUCCCCACCUCCUCCUGUGGGGGGGUGGGGGAGGACCAAAACCUUGUAAAGCGCUUUGGAUUAAAGCGCUAAAAUACAGCGAUUCUUUAACUGACCACCUGACUGACAGGCCAACACCGCCAUCGCUGGAGCCACACCGCUAACGUGGGUCAAAACUCUUGCUCCUCUCGGCUUCUUCUCCACUUUUAUUUUUACUCGUCUUUGAGAAGUAUCCCACCGUAUACAAAAAGUGUGAUGACGCCAAAACUACCAGGAUGUGCAAAGUAACAGCUGGACCAAUGAGAGCUGUGAAAAUCUUUGACAUGAAUUAAAAAAUAGUUACAGAUAAGGUUUUUACAUGGUGUUGCCUCUCUGUCUUGGGUAAAUAUUUGCUUUCAGCUCUAAACUUCUGGACCUUGGACGCUGGCGAAGGACCAACAGACACGCUUAACUUUGCUGGUUUUAUCUGUCUGCGUCCGAGGCUGCGGACUCCUUUUUUUAUCUUCAUACAUUCUGAAUUGCCUGGUGUUCAGUCGCUGGAAACAUCACUCUAAUAUAACAAGUUAUUACAUUGUGAGUUUAGUGGUGCGUUUUUAUAAUAAAUGUAAUAACUUGACAUAUUGUAAUAACAUUAAAAUCCACUGCUUUAAGGUCCAGUCUGUAUUGGCAUAUUGCACCAUUUCCUUCUCACAAAAAAACAGUUGUUAAAAUGACAAUUCAACCAUCGUACAACCACCUCUAACUUUACAUGAUUUCUCAACAGAAAACAUUUUUAUUAUUAAUACAGAAAUACAAGUCAAAGAUUUGAGUUUCUGACAAACUGUUUACCACAUCCUGAAUAUAUUAUAAAUGCUGAAGUAGGUUAGCCAGUAUCCUGUUUAUGUCUUCAGCUUUGGCCUGUUUCUGAGGUGGAUUCUGGGAAGGUUUUCUUUACUUCAGUAUAUAAAACACUUCAAAUUAAGGAACACUCUGCAAUCCUUUUUAUGUGGUUUGUUUUUGAAUUGCAAAGCUAUACAUAUACAUACAUGGGGCACAAUUGGCAUUUCUGGACCUUUGACACACUGGGACUUUAGAGAGAGGUCAACAAAGGCCUAACUUUCCAGAGGCCUGAUUGGUUCGUGGUGUGUAUCCUGGGUAUCUCUGAGGGAGCUGGCUGGACUUUAUGUGCAUUCUGAACUGCCCGGUGUUCAGUCUGUUGGUCGGGGUGCAUUUAUACUUGGAGCCUCACAGAUCGAGUGGAAAACAUGGGCUCUGAAUGCUCACAAGAAAGCAGUGACAGUCUUGCUUUUGACUUUUAUGAAGCUGCUUUGCAGAACCAGCUCUUACCAGAUGUAGGCAUAGAUGAGUCUCUGCUGAAAUAUUCUGGGAUCGACUCUAACGUUGUGCUGCAGCGCUACUAUAAUGAGCUAGUCAACAACGUGCCAGGCUACAUUAACAGUUUGGGCAGUAAACUGGCUCCGAUGACUUCGAUCCCAAAUGCUGUUGGACUUGGAGCAUUGGUGAUUUCCAUGAUCAUGGAGAUCUGCCUCAUCGGCGCCACUCAAACAAAUGAUAAAUCAUACAGCAUGUUCCAACGUGUAUUUGGUGAAGAGAAAGCCUCAGCUGUCCGGGACACGAUGUCAGAGUAUCUGACGCGCCAUCGAACAUUCCUGAACAAUGACCGACGACUAUGGGUGGAAGUCCGGAGACUUGAAGCACAGCUGAGCAACCAUCUCACCGUCCUCAGAAACUCCCUGCUGCAUGACGGACAGAUGAGCAGGCGUGGGUUCAAAAUCUGGGUCAACGGAGCCUCCUUCCACCUCCAGAUGUUGAUCCAUGAGGCUCGACUGGAUUCGCAGACUGACAGAAGUACAUCCGUCCAGUCAAUCAAAGCUGCCAUCGCUCUGUAUUUGCAGGACCUGGAUGAUUUGCUGCAGAAAUUCAAGACUCACGAGACCAGUAGUACUAUUCUCAGUGUAAAAGGUCCUUUCAUUGCUCCAACUAUUUACGUACCACUAAAAUGUUAUAUAGGUAAUGAUAUGCUAGACGAAAUAACAUGUAAUAGAAUUUUUAACCAUCAUUUUGACUCCUGUGAUCGUUCUGUUUUGAGUAAAUCUUAUGUGAAUCAUGUUUUCUCAAAUUAUAAACCAAUCUCAGGCUUGAAGAGUCAUUUUUCAAAUAUCGAGAACAACCUCAACUCUCUAAUCAACCAACACGAUGCAUUCACUCUGCCAUCAGCAACCUGAGAUCACUUUCCCAGGUCAGGUCAGAUCGUUCUCAUCACUCACCUUAAAUAUCACUAAUCGUACUUAAUAAUAAUGUUAAGGGAAAAUAUUGUAAAAAACUUCAUCUGUUAGUUUGAUAUUACUGUUUUGUGAACUAUGGAUUUCUCAUGAAUUCAUUUUAUCACUAAAGAUUGACUCAAAGUGUCAUUUUAAACAAUUACAUGGAAGCUUCUGUCAACAUCUGACUAACUCUUGUCUUCUGAUGUACAUGUGGGCUAUAUUUGAUCUAUUUUACAAUGUGAUACAGGCAGCCUGUAUGGAAACUGCCAUCCACCCUCAGUGAACUACAUCAGAGUGCUGCCAUCUUGUGGUAUAAAUAUUGACUCACAUGACACAGCCGAGCGUCGGCAGCAGACCUGUUCAGCUGUUACUAUAAAGCCUCAGAAACGCUGGUUUUUGUUGUAAAUUGCUUUAACGGACACGGCAGCAUCUUCCAGCAAAUGUCCUGGCCGUGUUGUCAGUGACAAGUGACCUUUAAGGUCUGUUUUGUUUUCUGCUUGUUGUUGUCAUUGAAACCCUUUUGGACAAGUAAUAUAAUUACUUUUCUCUUUUUUUCCAUGUACUAUUUUUCUGUGUAGUUGAUUCUAUGAUAAUUGUUUCCUUUUGGGGGAUUUGUGUGAUUCAUGUAUUACAUUUGACUAAAUCUUUGGAUUCAAUAUGUUUUGGCUCUUUCCAUAGAGACAUGUUUUGUCCCCUAUAUACGAGCUCUGCUCUGAUUGGUCCAGUCUGAGAGUAAAUGAACUCAUGCAGAUCACAA